CCCCCAAGUUCUCCCUCUGAAAGUCACUAUUUAAUAAAAGGGUUGGCCUUAAUUCCCUUUUAUAUAAUCUGAGAGUAUUGCAGCAAUGCAUUCCGCACACAAGUUUGAGUCGUUUCCGAACCAAGUCAGAGCCUCAAAGCAAAUAUUUAUUUGCAAUUGAAGGAGCUAGCCCUUCAUAUCAAGACACAGUGAAAUGUGAUUGGAUAAACUGGACCAGUGAUCACUGUUAGUGAUCUUCAGCUAGCUCCCUUCAAAUAUCUUUUGGCUUACUCACAGUGGAACUUAGCAAGUACCUGAUCUUUCUUUUAAGUGACAUUGAAAUGAUCUCGUGACUUGACAUUCAUAUUUGAUACAUGCACCUCCAAGAGAACAAUGAUGCAUUGUUCCUCACGUAGUCUUCAUACAUGGGGCCGAAGGUGAUAAAUACAUACGAUGUUGUUCAACUGCUUCCUAUAAGCUCCUUCAAAUUCAAUGACAAUACUGAGGAGAUGAGAGGAAAGAUGGAAAAAAAGACCAGCUUGAAAUCUGAAAGUUCAAUUAUCGCUGGGGUAAGAAGGGAAGGCUAUGAGGUGGAUUCAGAUUUACUUCCAGGUGAUAGUCAAAAUGAAGAUCCAAUCAGAAACCCUCCAGAAGUAAGUAGUUUAAUAGCUUGGGAGGAUUCAGAUGAUAAAAGGGACCAUCUAGCACAAUAUUUUAACUGUCCUAAAGAUUUGAAAGGGAGUGACGAAGGAGAAAACCUUUACACUAGAGAGAAUAUAAUGGAUUAUGAAUUACCAGAGCUGGAUGUUUUCUUUCAUGAGAGCAGUUUUCAGUUUGUUAAGGACAUUUGCAUUGACAGUGGAGUGUCUUCUCAGGGCAAGUGUUUGCUAGAAACUUAUGAGUUGGACCAUACUACUCUCUCUUGCAUACUCAAUUCUGAUGUGGAUACCAGCAGUGAAUUAACAGAAGAAACUCUGGAUACAGCUUCAUUUGGGACAAAUGGGUCGAGACAUAGCACCGAACAGGACUGCAAUAAGGAUGUAAUCAAGCAAUAUGGUUGUGAAGGCUUGACGAUGAAAGGUGAAAUAGAUAUUGAUGCAGGACAGGAGAUUUCUGUUCAGCCCCAUAAGAAGAUAAUCUCUAAAACUCUGCUUCUAGAUAGAGAGGCUCCAUUCAAGGAAGCAGUAUCGGAAAACUUGAUGGCAUCUUCGACGACUGAAGCGAUUGACAACAGCCACCCAAUCAAGACAAUCUUCGACAGUGAGGUGGAGGAUGGGAGCCUCAGUAAUCAUUUCAAUUCAUCUACACCCACAAUAAACAACAGCGAUGAUUCCCUGCUAUGUGUAUCUAAGCGGUCAACUAGCAGCACAGCCAGUUCCCGUUCAUUUGCUUUUCCCAUAUUGCCUGCUGAGUGGAAUGGCAGCCCAGUAAGAAUGGUAAGAGCUGACAGGGUUCAAUUAAGAAAGCACAGACGUUGGAGACUUUGCUUUCCCUGCCUUAGGUUCUGAAUGCACUCAAUUCCCUUUGUGGCUUUUGUUUCAUUAUGCUCUUUUUUUUCCUUUUUUGCUAAGGCAUUGGAGUGUAUAGUGCGCUUGUCACAAAGAGUAUUCAUGAUUGUUGUUCCUUAGAAUUUUGCGUAAAUGGUCAGAUAUAGUACAUUAUCAUAACAAAAUAUUAUUAUUAUUAUAAUUGGUAUAUUUUUGAAA